AUGUCAUCGUCCAAGAAGCGUGCGGCGGAAGCCGUGCCUGAAGGAAAAAAGAAAAAGAAGAGAAAGACGAAAUAUCAUCAAGACGAUGAGGCGCUCGACAUGGAACUGGGCCUCAACACUUUGUUCAAGCGCAUGGACAACCAACUACUUGCCGAUUGUCUGGCGCAGAAACUCAGCAGAUUCGGCAACGACCUCAGCCCCGUAGAGCUCUCGGAUCUGACUGUCCCUGCCAACUCCAUACAAGACAGCACCGCUUUCCAAGAGGACAGAACUCUCAAAAACCUGCCUGCUUUCCUUGCAAGGUUCUCGGGUGGGGAGGAGGGCCUUGCCAAAGCUCCCAAGAAGAAGGCAUCACCGCACACUCUUAUUGUUGCCGGUGCAGGACUGAGAGCCGCAGAUGUCGUCAGGGCUGUACGGAAAUUCUCAACCGAGGAAAGCACUGUUGCCAAACUUUUUGCCAAGCACAUCAAGGUGGAGGAACAAAUCACGUUCCUGAAGAACCGGAAGACGGGAAUCGGCGUUGGGACUCCUGCUCGCCUAAAUGAGCUGAUAGAUAUCGGCGCGUUAUCACUAGACCAUCUUGAACGCGUCGUUGUGGAUGCUUCCCACGUGGACCAGAAGAAGAGAGGCAUCAUGGACAUGAAGGAUACGCUCAUGCCGCUGGCCACCUUCUUGACCAGACCUGAAUUGAAAGAGCGCUACAGCGACAAUGGGAAGCCGCUGGCGUUGCUUUUCUACUAG